CUGCGCUUUUACGCACGACUCUGGUGACACUGUGGUGGAGGCAGAGCACCAUGCAGGCCGUCAGUGUGUGAGCGUUUCCCAGUCAAAGCUGCCACCGCUGUAGAAGAUGAUCCUGCUGCCUGGUCUGUUAUUUAUCCUCUGGGGAGGAGCGGCUCGGUGUCUGGGGGAGGAUGGAGGCUUCACUUUUGAUGGAGAUCUCCGCCACUUCGCCGUGACCACAAACACGGUUUACAUCGCUACAGAGGAGAAGCUGUACCAGCUGAACCACGACCUGACUCUGGUCCACAGUCUGACCCUGAGAGGAAUCUUGAAGGGCGGGAACCAACAGCCGGACGACGUGUCGUUUUACCGGGUUUCUGAGACGGCUUCGUGGAACGCAACUUUCAAAGUCAACGUGUUGUUGCCAUUUGUUGAGAACGACACUCUGAUCAGCUGCGGGGUGAUCGACAAGGAGUGUGGUUACUGCGAGGUUCUGGACCUGAAGAACAUCUCUAACCUUGUGCACAGGGAGAGCAUCCAGGUGGGACCACUGAGGAGCAGCAACGCGUCCGUCGCGGUCUUGGUGAAUCUGAAGAAGAAUCCAACACAAGACACUUACAUUCUGACCGGGGUACAGCAACAUCAACACAACACCGAACAGAGCAGCUGCACCUCUAAUAUCCAAACUGUCAACCUUCAGAAUACGGUUGAAAAACAAGCGGGAGGUAUAUUUUCUCUAAAUGAUGAUCAACUCACGCCCUCGAUCAGAAGUAAAGGUGAUGUGGAGUUUGUGGACGGAUUUCAGAUCAGUUCAACCAUGUAUCUGCUCUCCAACGUGCUCUCAGCCGCUAAAAGUAACAACGUCCGUCUCAUUUGGCUUGAGGGCAAAACCAGCAAGACCCAGACUUACAGGUCUCUGCGGGGUGCGACUCUCAGUGUCUCUGAAGCUGGUGGUGAGGGGAACAGACUCCUGGCCUCCUCGGUGAUCCCGGGCGGGCCCUCGGUGCUCUGGAGCGGACUGUUCAGUGUGGACGGAGGACAGAGCAACACCGAGCUGCUGGUGUUUGACAUCAGCCCCGAUCUCACCGGAGAGGACGAUUCAGAUCCAGACUUCUGCAGUGUCUGUCCCGAAAAGACAAGUGUUACAAAGCCAAAGACCCUGAAGCCGAAGGCAGUGCUCUUCAGACAGAACUACAUGACCUCUGUGCUGGCAGUGAGGCAGAAGGCCUGGAUGGUUUUCUUCAUCGGGACAGGAGAUGGACAGCUCAUUAAGCUUGCUGUAGAUAAGGACUAUCACACCGCCUGUCCCAUGGUGCUCUACAGGGCCAAUGAUGAUCGCCAAGUGUUUCCCAAAAUACUUCUGGAUCCAGUGGAUCAUAAACAUGUGUAUGUGCCAUUUCAAAACCAGAUGAAGCGUGUACCUGUGUCAAAGUGCAGCAUGUACACAAAUGUGCAGGAGUGUUGGUCUGCACAGGAUCCACACUGUGUCUGGUGUGGCUCUAAAUCAAGGUGCACAUUUGAAGAUGACUGCACAGAUUCAGACUGGGUGUCCAUUCCUGAUGAUCACCAACACAAAAUAGUUUCCUACAAAGUUGAAAAGGAGCCAACUGGUCAGAUCAAACUGAACAUCCAGACACACCUGACUGUGGGUCAGAGCACACUGUCCAGAUUCGCCUGUCAGUUCUCUGCAAGUUCCAGUGAGCUUUGUAGCAGGAGUGGCCCUCCUCCACUGUUCCCACAAUGCACCUGCAUCUUCUCUGAUAGCAGACUUCCUGCUGAAGGUCUGGGUGUCAGUGUAAGAAUUAGAGUUGGGAAGACGCACUUUUUGGAACAACUGACGUUAACCAUCUGUUCAAACAUCAGGGGACCUCCAAGUUCUGUCUUGUGUCAGCAGUGUAUCAGGGCUGGAUGUGGCUGGAGCAAAAACAGCUGUUCCUGGGCAAAUCAAGGAGUGAUCAAUGACAGUGUUUGUCAAACGAUGGAGUCUGGGAUGAACUUUUCUAGGCCAGUGAUCUCCUCCAUCACCCCCAGUGUCGUGUCUUUCUACGGCAGAAACCACGCAGUGUUGUCGGGUCAGAACCUCAGAGAUGUGACCAGAGUGAGGAUGACUGUGGACACAGACUGCACUCCCCAAGAAUCUCCUGUAUGGAACAACACAGGCGUGAAUCUCACGUUCCACAUUCCCAGGACAGAUGGUAAAGGUGUGGUCAAAGUAUGUGCUCUCCUCCCAGAUGGUGGUUGCCAUGGCAACACUAAAAUCACCUACAAGUCAUCACCAUCCUGCACCAAAAUUGUCCCAAGCAGCAGCUGGGUCAGUGGGAAGAGGGAGAUCACACUCAUGGGCUCUCACCUGGACUUUGUGGAGGGGGUCACACACAGCCACGCCCCACAGAGGGUCAGACCUCCAGGAAGCAGCAGCUAUCAGAAUCUCACCUAUGACACACCUGCAGCUGAAAACAGUCAGAGGACUUUUACCAGCACUGUGUUUCUGAGAGUAGCCAAUGAAACCUUGUCCUGCUCUGAUAAAAUCACCUACUAUCCAGACCCUGAGUUUACUGGUUUCAGUCCCAUAAGGAUAGGGGACGAUGUGCGCAUCACCAUAGAGAAAAAGGCAGACAAACUGGAGAUGACAGAAGCAGAGUUGUCAGUGUGGGGCGAUCAGGAAGGAAAACAAUAUCCCUGCAUCAUGAAGAGCAAAAAAACCACCAACGAAAUAGAACAUUUUAUCUGUGAAAUUAAGAACACAUCCAAAACUAAUUUUCAGAAAAUAAUGAUAAAAUACGGCGAAAAGAGUGUAGAACUGCAACUUAAAUCUUCAGGGCUCCUUCUGAUACUGCUUGUCCUUCUGCUGAUACCCUUCAUUAUUAUCAUGGUGGUGUUUGUCUACCGAAGAAAACAGAACCAGCUCACUGCCAAGAUGAACAGGCUCAUGGAAGAUCUAGAGCUCGACAUUAGGAAUGACAUCAGACAAGGCUUUGUGGAUCUGCAGACAGAGAAAGCUGACUUGAUGGAAAAUGUUGGAGCGAUUCCUUUCCUAGACUACAAGCACUUUGCCUCCAGAAUCUUUUUUCCUAAGAGUGAACAUUUGAUGAUGUUGUGUAUCAAAGACAUUGGUCAGGAUGCAGAAAAGGUUCAGCUUGAUGAGUGUUGCCAGGGCUUGUCCAAGCUGAUCCAGGACCAGCUCUUUCUCACAUCUAUGGUUCACGCUCUGGAGGAGCAGAAGAGCUUCACCAUUGAAGACAAGUGUGUAUUGGCAUCUCUACUAACAGUAGCACUCCACGGCAACUUGUCGUAUCUGACGGAGAUGAUGGAGGUUCUGCUGAAGGAUCUGAUGCAGCAAAACAGCAAUGCUCAGCCCAAACUGUUGCUCCGACGCACUGAGUCCACAGUGGAGAAACUGCUGACCAACUGGAUGUCCAUAUGCCUUUAUGGCUUCCUCCGGGAAAGUGUCGGCCAGCACCUGUUCCUGAUGGUGAGCGCUCUCGCGCAGCAGAUCGCCAAAGGACCUGUAGACUGUGUGACAGAGAAAGCUCUGUAUACACUCAGUGAGGACUGGCUGCUGUGGCAGGCUCAGGACUUCAGCUCCCUGAAGCUGAAGGUGCUGUUUGCUGUGGGCAGUGAUGGAGAGGUCAGUGAGCCUCUGGAGGUCAACGCCCUCAACUGCGACACUGUAGAGCAGGUCAAAGAGAAGAUCCUGUCCACCUUCAAGGCCAAGUUUGGUUUCCCCUACAACACUCCCCUCAGGGACGUUUGUAUCGAGUAUGAGAAGGAUGGCUUGUUUGUCCCUCUUCAGGAAGUAGAUGCAAGCUCAGAAGUUAUUGGGGAGGUGACAAUGCUCAACACACUCAAGCACUACAAAGUUCCUGAUGGAGCAACAAUCAAAGUGCUUUCUAGGAAAGCUCAUCCUCCUCUGAGUCCACAGGGAAGUGUGAAGGAUGAUGAGAACUUCUCUGGGAAAUACUUCCACCUGAUUGAUCCUGAUAUAGUCGAGGACCAAAGAAAAAACCCAGAGAGGAAGAAAUUAAAACUGAAGGAAGUGCACCUCACCAAGCUGCUCUCCACAAAGGUGGCAGUGCAUUCAUUUGUGGAGAACCUGUUCAAGUCAAUCUGGGGGAUGCCGCACAGCAGAGCUCCGCACGCUGUCAAAUACUUCUUCAACUUCCUGGACACUCAGGCAGACAACAUGAAGAUCACAGACCCAGAUGUCCUACACAUCUGGAAGACCAACAGUUUGCCUCUGCGCUUCUGGGUCAACAUCCUGAAAAACCCCCAGUUUGUUUUCGACAUGGAGAAGACUCCACAUUUGGACGGUUGUCUGUCAGUCAUCGCUCAGGCCUUCAUGGACUCCUUCUCCCUCAGUGAGACCCAGCUGGGAAAGCAUGCACCAACCAACAAGCUCCUAUAUGCCAAAGAUAUUCCCAAGUUCAAACAGGACGUGAAGGCUUACUACAAGCAGAUCAGAGACCAGCCACCAAUCACAGACUCUGAAUUCAAGGCCUUCCUACAGGAGGAGUCAAAGAAACAUGAAAAUGAAUUCAACGAAGCAGCAGUCCUCAGAGAGCUCUACAAAUUCAUCCAGAGAUACUUCACAGAGAUAAGAGAGAAGCUUGACCAGAACGGAGCCCCUACUGAGCUGACCGAGCAACUGCAUCACCUUAAAAACCUGUUUGAUGGACUGAAGAGCUGCACCUGGAACUAAGCUGCCUGUCUUUAACUCAUAUGGAAUGAACUGAGUGGAGCUCUGAGCGACGCAGCGACAGGAAGGCUCUUAUGAAGCUGUCAGGCGACGACAGAGGAGACUGUGGCCAGCGUGUCAUCCUCCCGUUACUAAGAUGGAGAUGAGGUACUGAGUUAAUAAACUGUUAGAGGGGCUGCUGACCACGUGGGUUGUUUCAUUAGUCUGUGAGGAGUUUUGCAAACAUCCUGUCAGUAGUUUCUAUAAAGGGACACUUCUGCUGAAUGCUAUUUUGUAACUAUAUGUGACACAUUCUGCUGGUCUUGUGUCUAAUGGAGGUUUAGUUCUUUACUGUAGUGUCACAGUGAACAACUACUGCUCAAUGUAAACAGACUUGUUGCCACGUGACACUGUUAGGAUCACAACUCAAGGACAGAGUCAAAACACAGAUAUUGUUUGUCACAAAAAAAGUUCAUUUUUUCAAAACAAUUCAAGUAAAACAUGUUGGAGUGACAUCAACAGUCUGUAUAAACAUUGUGCAAUUUGCAGCCUGUAGUGUCUUGAGCCUUUCUAUUGGCUCCUCGAUAUAAAAACUGUUUCUCCAGAAUGAGCAAACAUCUGUAAACAACAAGCAUCUCAAUACAAAAUCAAACCCUGAGGACAUCACGGUCAAUUAGCAUUUCAAAGUCCUGCCAAUAUUAGCAAGAGGUGUAGACCCUGACAAAAUGCAUUACAUUUAUAUGUAAAUACGUCAAUAAAUAAUGUUUCUAUUCUGUAAAAA